AUGCGUCAGAAGCACUCCCUUGCGAAGUGCGACGAGUGUGGGGCGUGUUUUGAGGAUGAGGCACUUCUCCAGAGGCAUAUGAAGAUGCACAGUCAGGUGACCAUGUUCAUGUGUGCUAUCUGUGGCUCCACGUUCACCAAGAAGAGCUACCUCACCUUCCACAUGGUUGUGCACGAGAAGGAAGACCUGAGCGAGAGGAUGAGCAUGAAGGAAGUCGAUGAAGGGAAAGUCCCUGCAUUACCCCCCAAAGGUCAGAAACAGUUACAGAUUGUGGAUGAUGACGAGGAUGAUGACGAUGUUGGAGAUGGAGGGAAUGACCCUGAUGAUAUCGACUGGGAGGAACCGUUAGCAGCGAAGAAGAAAGGAUCCAAGUUUGAUUGUGACAGGUGUUCCCGAUCGUGUGCUUCACUAAGAGGUCUGAAGAUGCAUCAGAGAAUGCUGCACAUAACGGUUGAAGAGGAACCACAGUCUGAAAGCAGUGAGGAGGAGGAGGAUGCAAAGACAGAAGAGGAUGCCAUGAUUGAGAAGAAGGGAGGCAACGAUAAGAGUAAACAUUGCCCCGUUUGCAAGAAAUCGUUUGUGAGCGUGCGUCAGCUGACAAGGCAUGAAUCCACACAUGCGUCCUGGGACUGUACGUACUGUUCUAAGACCUUCAGGACAUCCUGGAUCCUCAAGGAACACCUCAACACCCACACGGGACAGCGUCCUUAUCAAUGCACCGAGUGUGACAAGACCUUCAAGAGCCACGGCGCCCUGAGGCGACACACCAUCAUCCACAAAGGCACCAAGCCGUACAGAUGCGAUCUGUGCGAUAUGAGAUUCAGCGAUGGCUCCUCGUUGAAGAGCCACAAGAAACGUCGAUCAUGCAGGUGACAAGCAGGUGGAAUGCGACGUCUGCCUGAAGAAGUUCUAUACCGGCUUCCAGAUGAGGACCCAUCG